GUUACGUAUCGCCGUCCGGUGUCCCUAUCCUCGAGGCAAUGGUACUGCGUUACGUAUCGCCGUCCAGUCCAUGCCCGGUCAACUACUGCGUUACGUAUCACCGUCCAGUAGUGACCCGACCAUCUACCGCGUCCAGUAGUGGCCCAACUGCCCGGGGGUUCAAUUACCAUCAUCCAUACAUCACAAACACACACAUACAUAGCACAACGCGUGCCUCCACUUUAAGUAGGCGGUGGGAUGCCUCACACACAUAAUCGCGCUUACUUGAAAAUUGAAUAACAUAACUGAAUUAAAUAGGCAUAAACUAAAAGACCUCGACGGAGAUUUUACCCCCUUUACACUCACCUUAUAAAUGGUUGCACUCCGCAGUCGAUAUGAACUCCUUAAUCCUCCAAGCCAUGCUCAUGCUAGUUUCCCGUGAUUUGCAUGCUUCACAACCUACGUAAUAUCCCAUGAUCAAUUUCCGAUUUCGAUAGCAUCCCUCCUCCUACCUCUUAAAACUCUUCAUGUAUAUUUCCUCAAAUUUCUACAAUUUACCAACAAUCCCUUCACGAUCCUUACUAUCAAUCAUGAAUUAAGUAAUUAGAAGCAAAGCUCCCUUGACUAUUCGAUUCACUCCCUAAGAAUUAACAGAUGGACACUUGAAAGUCAUAGCCACAUGAUCUUUCCAUUAUGCACAAGAACUAGAUAGCUUUAUCAAAUUGAUUAUUGUGAAAGAAUCCAACCAACUCCAUCACCACUUUUCAUAACCCAACACUACAUCCACUAAAGGACGAUUAACCCACCAACCUUCCCAAGGUUAAUUCUCAGUUCACGGAAGGAAAAAUAAAUAUAUAUAUAUCAAAAUAUUAUGUUUCCCAAUUCUUUUUUAUACUCCAACCCUUCCCAUUAUCUUCAUAAUCCUUGCACGCACAUAUGGACAAGGUAGAUAACUGCUUACCUCAUCUUCCUCCCUGCACUACUUCUCAGCAACGAUGACACAUGAACCUGGCAUGGAGCGGCAAUGAUGAUUUUUGGAGGCUGCUGGUCGGGUGCCGCCUUACUUCCUUUAGAUCGAGGGUCUCUCCCUCUCUAUUGGACACUCCCUAUCUCCCUUUUGCGGCGCCUCUGGUUUCCAUGAAACCCUCUGAGAGCCGAGAGUUGUAAGGAAAAUGAAAAGGCAUCUAGGGGUUAUGGGCUGCAAGGGUUUUAUUAGUUUUUAGGUUGAGGCGAGAGGGGGUAGCGGGUCUAGGGUUUAAGUGGUUCAAGGGUAUUUUGGGAAUUUCAACGGGUGAGUUUAAUCUGAAACUCAAUUAACGUAUGUAACUUUUGUGUUUUAUGACAAAACUCGACACCGCUUAAACCGAGAGUUUACAUUUUAGUCCUCAUCGAUAAUACGGUGGAACUUGACCCAAGGGUAAAAUAGUCAUUUUGACUUUUGGGAAGAGCGGGGUGUAACAUUUCAUCCACCCUUAUAAAAAUUUCGUCCCCGAAAUUUGCUCGGAACUCAUCUUUCCGUAACACCAUUCUUGUACUUCCUUGCCCCGAAAAUUUAUUCUUGUUACAUCCACUUCAAUGGCGCCCUUUGCUCGCCUCGCAUAAUACUAUUGCACUUCUUAUACCUCUUCUUGACCAUAACCUGUAUUCUCACCUAGCUUUGUAGCAUUCGCUUUGUUGGUCCAACUCAUUCAGUAGUUCUUGUUGAACCUAAAUCAAAUUCGAGGUAUCACAAAGUCCAUGUCCCUUCCCGUGACACAACGUGGCUUUCUCAUACUUAGUAUUUUCAAUCGUGUCUAGAGCCUCUUGUCUCGCAUCCAUAGCUCCUCUCGUGAGGCAACAUGGACCUCUCGUACUUAAAUUGUUUUUUUUUUUUGUAUUUCUUUGAGAUACGCUUCUAGUUGCAUGGCCUCUUCAUUCCCAGCCAUGCCAUGCACUUAUUUCGCAACCUUGGUCCCGUGAUUCGCGGUUGAGAAUUCUUCUUCGCGUCCAUGAUUCCUCUCGUUGAAAAGACAUGGACUUAUAGACGGAUAUGACCCUCCUCAUGAGGCGACAUGGACCUCGAAUUUAGAUACACACUACUGGUUGUAUUUAGAUACACCAGUAAUGUUGCAGCUAGUUUUGUGUUAUUGUGAAUAGAAAUUGUAAUUAUUUUCAUAUUGCCUUGAAUCGUACAUAAUGUCACCGUAAUAAUAUUGGACAAUAGCUUAGCCAACAUUUGUUGUAGUAGGGUUUUGGAUUGGUCAACAAAUUUUAUAUUUAUAGUGUAAAUCAAAUAGUUACUGACUUACUGCGUUAGACUUAUCAUAUCCAAAGGUAAUAGCCGGAAGAAAAAGUAGUUAGCUCAAUAAAAAGUAUAUAUUUCAAUGAAAAAGUAGCUAAAAUAUAAAUUAAGCUACUAAAUUUUAAAAUAUAAUUUUCGAUAUCAACUAUAAUUUACAUAUGAACAUUGUUGCAAACCCACCAAACUCUACCCAUUUAUCUUGUAUUUAGAUUUAUAUCAAAGUCCAACCCAAUUUAAGUUGAACAAGUAAAUACUCAUAGUUGCUAACAUAAGUAAAUACAUCAUUUAAAACAAAAUUGACAUCCUACAAAAAUGUGAGAGAAAGCAAUGAGCGAUUGUAGCGUAUUUGUAUACGAUGUCUCAUCUUCUUUAAUUUUACCAUGUUGUCAUCGUCACUAGCACCGAUUCUGGAAUGGAUACAACACCACGCCCACAUUCGAUAUAUGAAUUGAAAGGAGAUUUUGCAAGGUUGUCAAACCGGUUUGUGCCAGUGUGCCGGUUUAGCAAGUGGAAUGGUUCGACCGGUGGUACAUACCGGUUUGUGCCGGUUCAUGUCGGUUAAUAUUACAAAUAAUUUACAAAUACUCAUAUUUAAGCACGACAUUUAACGCCAAUACCUAAGUAUUUGUACUUGAGUCCAACAAAUAACAUCAACAUUUAACUUUUUAACACAUAAAAUAAAUAAUAAAUUACUUUUUAUCAAAUAAAUUCACUUAGAGAUUCGUAUAUCGAUCAUGCCGGUUAUACCGAUGGUGUCAUACCAGUUUUAUGACAGGUACAAAUUGAACCCGGCGUGACAACCAUGAGAUUUUGUAAAACAGCACCUUCAAUUAUGAAUUCAACCCUUCCUCUUGCUCCUCCCAUUGGCAGCCAUGUCAAAGGUAUAUUUGUUUUUGUUUUAAUCUCUAUAUAUUUAUUUCUAUUAUUAAUUAUAAUUUGACAGUUUGACCGUUUCAGAAGGAUGACUCUAAAAACCGUUAAGCAUAGAUAUCAUUUAGGUCGUUGAUGUGUUUUGAGUCUUUGAGAUGAUCACUCUAUUUGUUUGAUACACAUAACAACGGUUAAAGAUUCAAUAGUUUCUCCCCAAAAGAUUACAGCUCUAACCGUUUAUGACUUCAUUCCGUUACCACCAGACUCUAGAGACUAGACAGCUCUAGCUAACUAGGUUGAAGCUUAAGAGUUCGUUAGAUAUAUAUAUGGGCCCGGCCCAACCGUUAAGGUAAAAUAGAAGCCCAAUUAGUUACAAACCAAAACAUGCAAAGUAUGGUUGUCACGCCCGGUUGAACCUGGUUUAACCUGUGUCGGUAAUGAAACCGGCAUGACACCACCGGUAUGACCGGUAUGAUCGACUUACGCAUUCUAAGUAAAAUGACAUCAUUUUAAUGAGUUUAAUGAAUAAAAAAAAGUAAUUUAUUGUUCAUUUUAUGAAUGUAAUAGUUAAAAGUUGAUGAUAUUUGUUGGAUUGUAACUAAAUUGUCCACAAAUAUGUUUUAUAUAUAAUUAAAUACAUGAGAUAUUAAUUGUUUUCACAUUUUUUUAAACCGGCAUGAACCGACAUAAACUGGUUAUACCACCGGUCGUACCAUUCCAUUUGCCAAACCGAUACAACGGUAUAAACCGGUUUGACAACCUUGAAUUGCAAACAAAACAAGGGGGGGGGGGGGGGGGGGGGGGGGAAUCUUUCUUUGUAAUCCUGAAGCGAAAAUUCUAGAGCCUGACCUAAGCUCCACGUAACGUUUCUUUCUCCCCAAGCACCAGCAUCUGCAGGCACCGGCCCUUCCUUCUCUCUCUCUCUCUCUCUCUCCCUGAUCCCUAGAAAAGUCCAAAAAAUCUCUGAUUGAAAUCCCAGUGAUCGUUUUCUCUCUCUCACGCGAGAAAGAUGUGGUCCCUCCCUGAUACUCUGCCUUCCCUCCGCCUCCCUCCGCUGCCGGAGAAGCAGCUCCUCCUCUCCACCGCAAUGUCCUUCGCCGCCUCCGCCUUACUCCUCCGCUCCCUCCUCCGCGACCUCGUCCCAGAUCCCGUCUCCGGCUACCUCUCCGCCCGCCUCCGCCGCCUCACCACCGGCAUCUCCUCCCAGCUCACCGUCGUCAUCCAGGAGGCCGACGGCCUCAUCUCCAACCAGAUGUUCCACGCCGCCAACCUCUACCUCGCCCACAAGCUCUCGCAGUCCACCGCCAGGGUCAAAGUCCUCAAGCCGGAGACGGAGAAGGAGCUCGACGUCACCAUCGACCAGCACCAGGAGCUCCUCGACUCCUUCAAGGGAGCCAAGAUGAAGUGGAGCCUCUCUUCCUCCCCUACCUUCUGCCCCGCCUACAGCCCCAACGGCCACACCGUCGGGCUCCAGCAGUCGGAGAUUCGCUUCUUCGAGCUCACCUUCCACAAGAAGCACCGGAAGCUGGUUCUUGGCUCCUACCUCCCCCACAUUCUCGCGGAGGCGAAAUCGAUCAAGGAGGAGAGGAAGACGCUGAAGCUCCACGCCAUCGACUACAACGGAAAGGACUACUGGGGCGCCGUCAAUUUCCACCAUCCGGCCACGUUCGAGACGGUCGCCAUGGAUCCCGAGCUCAAGAAGGCGCUCGUCGCCGAUCUGGAUACAUUCAUCGAGCGGAAGGAUUUCUACAGGAAGGUCGGCAAGGCGUGGAAGCGCGGUUACUUGCUGUACGGACCUCCAGGUACGGGGAAAUCGAGCUUGGUCGCCGCCAUGGCCAAUUACCUCAAGUUCGACGUCUACGACCUCGAUCUCAAGGAAGUCCAAUGCGACUCCGACCUCCGCAGGCUCCUCAUCGGCACCAGCAACAGAUCUAUUCUCGUAAUGGAGGACAUUGAUCGCACCUUCGCGUCAAUGGCGAACGAAGAGAAGACCUCGAUGGCGGGGAUACUGAACUUCAUCGACGGGCUGUGGUCGACGUGCGGGGAAGAGAAGAUACUCGUGUUCACGACGAACCACAAGGAGGAGCUGGAUCCGGCGUUGCUUCGGCCGGGGAGGGUCGACGUUCAGGUGAACAUGUCGUACUGCACGUUCACUGCGUUCAAGACUCUGGCCUACAAUUACUUCGAGCAGACGGAGCACGAGCUGUUUGGCCAGAUCAAGGAGCUGUUGGGGACGGUGGAAGCUACUCCGGCGGAGGUUGCAGGGGAACUGCUGAAGAGCAAGAACGUUGACGUCGCGCUUCACGGCUUGGUGAAGCUGCUGAGGAGCAAGGAAGGGAUUAGAUUGGCGGCGGCUCUGUCUGGAGGAGGGACGACGGCGGUGGCUGAGGAGGAGAAUGGAUUGCUUCUUUUUCCUGAAGAACGAGCUGUGGAGAGGAACAGCACUUGGGAUACUUUCCAGUAUAAUGCUUACGAGUAGAUUAUCAGGGAGGGAAGAUCUAUUUAUGCAAUGUUAACUCUGUUCUUGUUUAGGUUUUGU